UAGUCGUACCCCACGCAGCAAGGCGUAUCAGUUGUCUCGGUCCAGAAGAGUGUCGUACGUCACCGCUUAUCUCUAGAUUUUAUAGACCCGCAUUUUGGGUGUCAGUUCUCUCCAAAAUUUGAUAAACUCCACUGUUAGGACAUUUGAUAUUAUUAGGAGCGAGGCGUAUCACAUUAGGUCAUCUGACAGGAAUUCGAGCUGUUGGGUUGGGACUUGGAGCUCAAACCUCCGCUGGUUUCCGUCAUGGCUUUCUCCCCGACGCGGCCGCCGUUAGAUUUGCGAUCCCAUCCCUAGAAAUGCGCUCGACGGCGGCUCGUGCGUGGCCACAGCAGAAGCUGCCGCGUUAGUGCUUGCAGCAGCCCGAACCGCAACUGCAGCCGCAGCCCCAGCCGCAACCGCAGCCGCAAUCGCAACCACCGUGGUCGAAACUGCAGCAUCAGUCGCAAUCAGCUUGCUUCUGUGAGAAAUAUAAAGUUAUCUUGCAACAAUGAUGGACCUACAGCAGCAACAGCAGCAGCAGCAACAACAACAACAGCAGCAGCAGCAACAGCAGCAGCAGCAGCAGCUGGAGCAGCAGCAGCAGCAGCAGAAGAUGAUGUACGCACAGAAUAACGACCAUUUAUACGACCCUAACCACAAUGACCUAAUGACAAUGCUAGGGGGGGGAUUCGGGCAGCCGGGGGGCGGAGCGGGCAUGCGCGGGGGCCGUCCGCCAUCCGAGCACAUAGUGGAGGCGCUCCUGCAGCGGUUCGUUCCGCUGGCGCGCGCGCGGAUAGAGGCGGCUGUGCAGGACGGGCAGGGUCUGAACCUGGAGGACGGCGCGUACGAGAAGGUGCUCGACUCGCUGGCCAUGGUGGCAGCUCACAUGCCCCGCCCGCUGCUGGACGCGCUGCUCAAGUGGCGCGAAGGGGAGUCACCGAAGCUGAUGGAUGAUGCCAAGUUCGGACCAGGCCAAGGGAUGCACAUGCUGCAACGCAAGCUGUUGGUGGAGUGUGUGUUCAUCUCCGCUGCUGUCCGCUUCGUUGACUGCUGCCCUGCUGACGGCCUCACAGAGGAGCUAUGGAGCGGGCUGGAGGACUUCAUGUUCGACUGGUUCGUGCACGCAGAGAGGCUCAUCCCGCAGUCGGAGUUCCCCGGUCUGGUGGAGCUCCGAGGCAAGCUGCUGGACUAUGUGGCGGACCUUGCUGGCGUGCUCUCAGUCAAGCGCUUUGACAGCAUAACCGCUCGUUUCUUUGUGGAGCUGGACACGCGCGCCAUGGAGCAGCCCAUGCGCCUGGAGGGCCUGUCAGCCACAGGCAGCCUGCGCCUGGUGCCGGUGGUGGACCUCUUUGCUCGCGGCAGCGAGCGCUCGCUGGCCAUGGAGUUCAGCGUGCGGCGCUAUGAUGCCACAUCCAACAGGAACGAGCUGCUCAGCGUCGUGCACGGCAUGCGCUUUAUCCGCCUCGAUAUGUCCACCCCAGCAUCGGUCAUGGCGUCGCGCAACUUCCUGCUCAAAGCCAACCCUCUGAGCCGAGCGCCCUCCAAGAAGAAAACCGAGCUGCAGCACGCACUCUGCGCCAUGCUCACGUCGAUCCUGGCCCCGCUCACCGAAAACCCCCGUGCCCGCUGGCCCCCUCUCAAACACUUCGCCGCCGGGGCCAUGGGUGGGGGGCCCGGGGGGGCGGGCGGAGUGGGGGGAGGGGGGAAUGCUGCGGCUGCGGCUGCGGCUGCAGCGGCGGCUGAUGCACUGACGGCGUGGAAUUCGGCGGUGCUGUAUCUGAGGGGGCAGCUGUCGGGGUGGGUGGCGCCACAGUCGACACUGUCGCUGCAGAUGGACAAACAAUCGAGGCACAUCCAGGUGGCGUAUCCCCUGAACACGCUGCUGCUGUGUCUGGGGGACCAGCACUCGUUCGACUCUCUCUUCAACAGCUUCGUUGAAAUGCUCUACAAACACCUCAGGGAGAAGAGCUACCGGGCAGUGGCGCUGGACUGCCUGCACCGCCUCGUGCACUUCUACCUCAGUGUGUACGCUGAUGGCCAACCCAAGAGCCGCGUCUGGGAGAAGCUCGAGGGCAUAACGAAGCAGCUGAUGACGUCUCUGAAGAAGGGCGUGCUGUCGCAGGACAUGCAGCACGACCGGCUCGUGGACCUGUGCGUCACCGUCGCCGCCACCGACCUUGAGUUCGCCAUGAACCACAUGGUCAUCGAGCUGCUUAAAACGGAGGGGCUGGGCGAGGCCAAGGUGGUGGGCCUGCGGGCGCUGCUAGCAGUGGUGGAGAACGCCCUGCACCAGUCCAGCGCGGCCUCGCUCAUGGCUCCCGACCGCAAGUCCUCUGCGCUCGCUGGCUCCGCCAAACCCCUGGGAACCACCCGCCAGGCGCCCCACGUGCCAUUCUUUGGGGCAGGUGGAGGGGGAGGGGGAGGGGGGGGCCUCCCCCCUGGGCUGCCUGCUCCCCCGAUGUCGCAGCAGCAGCAGAUGCUCAUGCAGCAGCAGCAGAAGCAGCAGCAGCUGCAGCAGCAGCAGAGGCAGCAGGGGGUGGGCUCGGGGCAUGCAGCGCACCUGAGUGCGCGGUUUGGGUCGGUGGACUAUGGGAGGCUGGGCGUGGGGCCUGCAGAGACGGCGGUGAUGGCCCCACACAUGCCUCGUGUGCGCGCUGCGCUGGGGGCCAUCAUCAAGCAGUGCCACGCGGCGUUUGGGUCGCUGCUGCUCAUCACGCCCAAGACCACCAUCGACAUGAUGUCCAAGGACAAGGUGCAGAGCUGGCAGGUGUUCAAGUGGGCCCUCCGCUGCAUGCCGCACCUCAUCCCGGAGCAGUGGCGCAACGAUAAGAUGACCGAGAUCAUCCCCGUGUACGCCAUCUCCAUCGACCCGCACGUGCGCGACGAGGCUGUGCAAGUGCUCUUCCGCACUGUGCGCGACCUUCCGCAGUGCCGCUUCCCCAUUCUCCGCGGCAUGGCAAACUUCAUCCUCAAGAUCCCGGACGAGUACCCGCACCUCAUCCACUCGUCCCUCGUCUGCCUUGUUCAGCUGCUCAACGCCUGGCGUAUUUGCCUCGCGUACGAAGCUUCUUCUUCCGCUGCUGCGUCCGGGCAUGGGGGGAGCGCCGGCCCGCUUGCUGGGGGGGGCGCAGGGGGAGCAGGGGGGCCGGGGGGAGGCGGAGGGGCGGAUUUGCUGGCGCGGACCCGGCAGGUGCUGGCGGCACACGGGGGGGAUGAUGGGCUCAGGUUCGACCCGUCGGGUAUGGACGCUGUGGGGCUGAUUUUCCUGUGCUCUGCGGAUAAUAAGAUCCGGCGGACGGCGCUGGAGCUGCUGAGGAAUGUGCGGGCGCUGCAGAGGGACCUGGCGCGGCUGUUUGCUGCGGGGGGCGAGCAGCAGAUGGAGGAGGACCCGCCCACCACGUACAUUAUCGACAUCAUGGAGGAGACUGGGGAGGAGGUGGUGGGCAAGUGCUACUGGGACAACGGCAAGUGGCACGAGCUACAGCCGGAGAGCGAUGCAGACGCGCUGCAGGACGUGUCGCUGCAGCACAUCCUGGAGGGCGCCGACCAGGCGCGCUGGGGGCGCUGCCUCAGCGAGCUCGUCAAGUACUGCGCCGAGCUCUGCCCCUCCUCCGUGCAGGGCGCCAGGUUGGAAGUGGUGGCUCGAAUGACCCCGCUAUCCCCAGCAGACACGUCCGGGAGGCAAGAUAAGGCCGGGUCAGGGGGGGACGGCGACACGAAGCUGGAGCAGUGGCAGCUGUACGCCAUGUUUGCGUGCGCGUGCCCACCGGAGGAUGCGCCUGACGGCGGCGAGCAGAGCAUCAAGGAGCUCGUGCGCCUCGUGCUGCCCAUGGCGCGAUCGGGGGCAGAGUCUGCUGUGUAUGCGGCGACAGUGGCGCUGGGCCAUGCGCAUGCGGGCAUCUGUGAGGCGAUGCUGACAGAGCUCAUGAUGUGGGUUGAGGAGCUGCUGGCGGAGAUAGAGCAGCGCAAGUGGAAGAACCAAAAGGUCCGCAAGGAGGACAUGCGUGUGUUCAUGGCUCAGGUGUACCGCCUGGUGGCGGAGAACCUGUGGCCGGGCGUGCUGCCGCAGCGGCCGUGGCUGCGGCAGCUGUUCCUCAAGUUCAUGGACAGCACCUCGCAGCACGUCUCCAAGGAGACCGGCGACGCCUUCCUCGACGCGCAGCCGCUGCGCUUUGCGCUCUGCUCCGUCGUCCGCUGCCUGUCGAUCGAGCUCAACGGGUGCGCGUCGAAGAGGUUUGACGUGAAGUUGCGGCGGCAGCUGUUUGACCUGAUGGCGUCGUGGUGCGAUGAGGCCGGGGGGUUGGAGAGUAUGACGAGUGAGUACCGAAGGGAGGUGGAACGGACCAAGGCGGUGGCCAUGGCACGGACCAAGGAUGCGGCGGAGAGAGCCGCUGUGGAGAAGGAGCUUAAUGAGCAGGCGGACGCCAUCCAUGGCAUGGCCAUGCAGGCGCUGGCAGCGCUGCUCCACGGGCCGUGCUUUGACGAGGGCCUGAGAAAGAUGUCCGGCAAGGCCGUCACGUGGAUCCGAUCACUCAUGGAGUCUGCUGCCAGCACCGGACAGGCAGCAGCCGGCAUGGGCGGCAUGGGCAUGGGCAUGGGCAUGGGGAUGGGGAUGGGUAUGGGCAUGGGCAUGGGGAUGGGGAUGAUGGGCAUGGGCAUGGGCAUGGGUGGGUCGCCUCGGGAUGUGUUUAACAGGAGGAAAGGGGGGGAGGGGGGGCAUGGGAAGGGCGUGGGCAGCAGGGAGUGGCGGAGCUUGUUUGGGUCGCCGUCGUGGCGGUCCAUGCUGGGGAGGGAGGCGCUGCUGAACCUGCUCAAGACCAACCCCGAUAUUGUGCCCGCUAUCAUCGAUCAGUGCUACAACUCGGAUUCGGAGCUGGCCAACGGGUACUUCACGGUGCUGGCAGAGGUGUACAUGAGGGAGGAGUGUCCGCAGUGCGAGCUGCACCGCCUGCUCUCGCUCAUCCUCUACAAGGUUGUGGACCCCUGUCGCAGCAUCCGAGACGACGCCCUGCAGAUGCUGGAGACCAUGUCCAUGCGCGACUGGGCCGACUACACGUCCUCGUACUCGUCCUCCGCAGGGCGGUACCGCGCGGCCGUGGUGGGGUCGCUGCCCGACAGCUACCAGCAGUUCCAGUUCCAGCUGUCGGCCAAGCUGGCGCACGAGCACCCUGAGAUGAGCGAGCUGCUGUGCGAGGAGAUCAUGCAGCGCCAGCUGGACGCGGUUAACAUCAUCGCUCAGCAUCAGGUGCUGACGUGCAUGGCGCCGUGGAUCGAGAACCUCAACUUUGCGGCGCUGUGGGACAGCGGGUGGAGCGAGCGCCUGCUCAAGUCGCUGUACUAUGUGACGUGGCGCCACGGCGACCAGUUCCCCGACGAGAUUGAAAAGCUCUGGUCCACCGUUGCUGCAAAGAGGAGAAACAUCAUCCCCGUUAUCAACUUCCUCAUCUCCAAGGGGUUGGAGGACUGUGACAGUGCUGGCGGCGAAAUCACGGGCGCGCUGGAGACGUACUUCAGUGUGGCCAAGCGCAUCAGCCUCUACCUCGCUCGCAUCUCCCCCCAGCAGACCAUCGACCACCUGGUGUACGAGCUGUCUCAGCGCAUGUCUGAGGAAGAUGCUGUGGACGUUUCCUCCUCGGCUAACCAAUGGCAGGAAGACAUGUCAGAGAUCCUCAGAUUUUCCCAUGGGUGCAAGCUGACGGACUCGUCAGCAGCAGCGCUGGCAGCAGGCGCCUCUCCCCUCCCUCCGCUUCCAGGGCAGCCCCCCUCGUCGCACUCGCACCACCACCACCGCGCCACCACCACCACGGCGUUUGGCACCGUGCGCUCGCCCUUCGCCUCCUCCUCCGCUGCCACCGCCAUGUCUCCUGCCUCCUCUGACUUCCUCCGCUCCUCCCUCUCAUCUGCUUCCUCCUCCGCUGCCUCCACCCUGCGCUCCAACAGCAUGCGCAUGAACCGCUCGACCUUCGACACCCUCGGCACGUUCACCAUGGACUUUCCCAUCACGCCGCUCCUCGAAACCACCCCAGCGGCACCCCCCGCAGCCCCGACCUCCGCCUCUAAACCCUCCAACCCGGUGCCCAACGCCAUGCUCAUGCUCCCGCACGUGUGGCUCACGCGAGCGGACUUCGCCCUCAUCCUCCUCGCCGAGAUCGCAUAUGAAAACGACGAGGACUUUCGCGGGCACCUGCCGCUGCUGUUCCACGUGACAUUUGUGCUGAUGGACUCCAGCGAGGUGGUGGUGCUGGAGCACGCGCAGCAGCUGCUGGUGAAUCUGCUUUACACGCUCGCUGGCCGGCACCUGGAGCUGUAUGACGCGCGGGACCAGAGCGAGGGCGAGUACAAGCAACAGGUGGUGAGUCUGAUCAAGUACGUGCAGUCGAAGAAGGGCAGUCUCAUGUGGCCCAGCGAGGACAUCUCCCUCACGCACACGUCCAUCCCCUCCGCCACUCUCCUCACAUCCCUCGUGCACUCCGUGGUCGACGCCAUCUUCUUCCAGAGCGAUCUGCGCACGCGCUGGGGCGAAGAGGCCCUCAAGUGGCUCCUCGACAGCGCGUCCCGCCACGCAGCGGCCCGCUCGCACCAGAUGUUCCGCGCGCUCCGCCCGCACGUCACCUCCGACACUUGCCUCCUCCUGCUGCGCUCCCUGCAGCGCUGCUUCUCCAACCCUUCCCCUCCGAUUCUCGGGUUCGUCAUGGAAAUUCUUCUCACCUUACAGGUGGCCGUCAACUCCAUGGAGCCGGAGAAGAUGAUUCUCUACCCGCAUGUCUUCUGGGGGUGCAUUGCGUUGCUGCACACGGACUAUGUGCACGUGUACACCCAUGCACUAGAGCUCUUUGGCAGUGUCAUCGACCGGCUCUCCCUGCACGAUCAGACCACGGAAAAUAUCCUCCUCUCUGCCAUGCCACUCCUGCAGGCCCAUUCGGGGCGGGGGGGGAGGGGAGGAGCAGGUAGCGGGAAGGACGAGGACGGUGGAGGGGGGGGGAGUGGGUCGGCGCAGCAGGGAGGGCAGGGGCAAGUGCUGUCACAGCAGCAGCAGGAGGUCGUAUCAGGUCUUCAAUUCCAGAAAGUCCAGCGGCUCGUGCUGAAGGGACUCCUCUCGGGAGUAUCCCACGGGGUGGCUAUCGACGUCCUCUCCAAGAUCACCAUGCGUUCGUGCGACCGGAUCUUUGGCGAUGGGAACACGCGGCUGCUGGUGCACGUGGUGGGGCUGCUGCCGUGGCUGUGCGUGCAGCUGCAGUACGGUGCAGACGCAGCCAUGGGGCUGCUGGUGCUGUCGUCGCUGCUGCAGCAGCGCCUGGAUAAGGCGCGUGCCGUGGCAAUGAAGAUCGCCAAGUGGUGUGUGCAGUGCGACCUGCAGGCCCUGGCCGAUGUGUUCUUCUCAUACGCCAACGCCGUCACCCUCACAGUGGACGAGCUGCUAGAGAGCGUGGCGCCGCCCAUCUGCGCGCAGUGGUUCCCAGACCACACUCUCCUGGCCCUGGGCCACCUGCUGGCCAUGCUGGAGAAGGGCCCCAUGGAGUACCACCAGAUGGUGCUACUCAUCCUGCAGGCUCUCCUGCGCCGCACGUCCCUAGACGCCACUCAGAGCCCCCUGCUCUAUGCGUCCGUCUCGCGCUUGCUCGACAGCGGGCACUGCCGGGAGGAGGCGUUAGGUGUCCUGGAGGCGAUUUUGGACAGCUGUGCUGCCACAAUUCACAGGCCUGCUGGUUCUGCUUCUGCUGCUGCUGCGGCGGCAGCAGCUGCAGCUGCAGCAGCGGCUGCGGCGGCGGAUUAUUCCCCUGGGUUUUCGGCCGAGUUGCUGCCAUCGCCGGACUUGGCGCUGAUGCUGACGCAAGAGGCACUGGCCCGGGUGUUGGACUCGUAUGGGGGUGGGAGGCGCAAUGCCAAGGAGUUGAAGCGGCUUGUGCCGUUUGUUGAUGCGGGAGCAGGGGCAGGAGGGUCGACUGGGGGUGGGGGAGGGGGGAGUGGUAUGCAUGGUGGGAGAAGGGAUUAGUGGAAAAGUUGGAGAGGAAGUGGUGACAUGACAUGAUGCGAGGGAAUUUGAGGCCACCACUGUAUGGAAGGGAGUUGAUAUGCGAUAUGUUGCACAUCUUCUAUGAUGUGCCACUGGUGAACUGUGUUAUUGAGAAAGCUUGCUACUUGAAGUGCAAAUGGCAUCGUUCUCAUUCCA